AUGACCGUCAGUCAGACUUGUACUUACAAUUUCAAUCGGAUUUGUGACAAUUUGUGUCAGAUCAGGUUGGAUUUCCGAACAUUGUCUACUUCAAGUAGUGCGACUGGAUCUUGUGGGACAGCAGGAGAUGCCGUAACAGUUUCGAGUCCGUUCUCAUCCGCGGUCAGUGCAUUUCCCCCUACGGUGUGCGGAAUAUUGUCGGGACAACAUAUGUAUUUCGAAACUGGUACCACUGGAGACGCUGGCACGCUGUCCAUUGCCACAGGAACUGGAGCCGGGAGUCGAUCUUUUGACAUCAAAGCCACAUAUUACACCUGUGACAAUUUGGCCAAGUAUGACUUUUUACACUUCAUUUAAAUACGAACGCAACUCUAAAGUUAGUCUUGUUGA